AUUUUUUUUUUCUCAACGUGGCCCUAAAUCUCCUUUGUAGAGAGAUCCACACACUAAACGCGCAAAGUGUUUACUGAAUCAGUCACGUGGUACGGCCAAACGUCAACACGAAGGUCAUAAAAACGAGCCCGACACACCUCUGUAAUUUUUUUCCCUGCACUCCAGUAGGCGGCAGUAAUGCACCUGUAAGCUGGUUUGCCAACUGCCAUCAAGCUCCGAAGGAGAAAGAAGGAAGUGGAGGGGCAAAGUGUGGCUGUUCGAGUGCAGCGGUGUGUGCAGACAUGGCUGCUUUUUAACGAAGCGGACUAAAGUCGGAAGAGAGACACAAACUAAAGUAUAGAUCCCGUCACGUCAGUGUGGAUCUGAUACCAACGUCGGUAUCGCUUCAUCGAUGCUUGUAUCGAUCCGCCCAGCCUGAGUUGAAGCAGCAAUGAGUUCAGUUCAGUAUCUGAGAGAGUUCAUCAAGGAGAGACUAACUGCUGUUUGUGAAGAAAUCUUCUCAGAGGUUCAAAAAACCAUCGUCCAGUAUGAGGAGGAGACCAACCGUCAGCACAGACUGCUGGAUAUCAGCCGGAAACCCGACAGAAACUCACACAUCACAGACCCCCUACAACAACACAACUGUAAGGAAGAGGAGGACCCAGAGCCUCCAGAGAUUAACAAGGAACAGGAGGAACUCUGCAGCAGUCAGGAGGGAGAGCAGCUUGGACUGAUGGAGACCAUCUGUAAACCUGAUAUAAAGUUACACAGAAUAGACCUCCAACAGCAGCAUGUUGGUGAGAAGGAGGAGGGUCUGGAUGAGCAGCAGGUCUGUAACCAGGAGAGGAACUCCAGUCUGGACCAGGAGGACCCAGAGCCUCCACAGAUUAAAGAGGAACAGGAGGAACUCUGCAGCAGUCAGGAGGGAGAGCAGCUUGGACUGAAGCAGGAGACUGAUUCUUCAGCAGACAACACUGCUGCUUCAGAGAGUCAAACUGAAACAAGGGAAAAGUCUCUACAGUGUGACACUUGUGGGAAAACGUUUCAGUAUAAAUGCUUACUGACUGCACAUUUGACAGUUCACACAGGAGAGAAACCGUUUCCUUGUAGCAAAUGUGGCAAAAAAUUCAGUCAGCGGACACGCUUGAAAAGUCACAUGAGAAUUCACACAGGUGAGAAGCCAUAUUUUUGUAGUACCUGUGAGAAGAGAUUCAUUCGGAAGAUACAGUUAAAGAAUCACAUGAGAAUUCACACUGGCGAGAAGUCGUAUCCUUGUAGCACCUGUGGAAAAGAAUUCAGUCAAAAAUCAGCUCUAAAAUCUCACGUAAGAGUUCACACAGGUGAGAAGCGCCAUUUUUGUAGCACCUGUGGGGAAAGUUUCAUUUGGAAUAUGCAAUUAAUACGGCACAGGAGAAUUCAUACAGGUGAGAAGUCGUAUCCUUGUAGCACCUGUGGAAAAGAAUUCAGUCAAAAAUCAGCUCUAAAAUCUCACGUAAGAGUUCACACAGGUGAGAAGCACCAUUGUUGUAGCACCUGUGGGGAAAGUUUCAUUUGGAGUAUGCAAUUAAUACGGCACAGGAGAAUUCAUACUGAUAAACAGUUUCAUGCUUAGAGAAUAUGGGGACAGCUGUGAGUUAUAGCAGUGUGCUGGUGGUAGAGCUGACACUGAGGAGGAGCCUUUUGCAGGAGUCUGCUCCUGUUGUGUAGGCUUGUUCAGUUCUGUUGUUUAUCUAAGUUUAUGUGUUCGUAAAGGUCCAGGGAUCGAGUUCUGUUAUUGUUUACUGAAGCCUCGUCUUUUUCUUUUUUUAAUCAAAGCAAGAGUAACCAAAGCUGAGUGUGUUCAUUCAGGUUUUCAUCUAGUUUUAGUUUUUAUAUAUACCUGAAUAUAUAAUAUUUAUGUAAGAUGUGUCAUAUGUCAGAUUGUCUCACAGUCACACAGUGUAAGGAUUUUCAGGGAUGGUACUUGUCGUUGUUGUUUUCUUAAUAUAAAAAAAUCCAUCUGUGUCUGCUAAAUGCAGAAUAAACUAAACUAAAUAAAGAUUACAUUCAAACUUCUUUUGACAGAGUUUCACUUUCAGGAGGAAAAUGUUUUAAUAAGUCACUUAUUGUGAAUUACAAAGUCUGUGGCACACAAUUUGCAGCAAUUUGCAAUAAAUCCAACAACAAAUAUGUCUUCUGCCUGUUGCAGUAUCUGCUACUAGGAGUGUUUAUUUGUUGGAGGGUGACAUGUUAUCAGAAUGAGUGCAUAAUCAGCUCAAA